UGCUUUGGUUUCACGGCCCUCGCUGGGACACUUGAAUAGGAGCCAUAAUUGAUGUUUUAGUAACACCUGUGCCUUUCCUACAGGCCAAAUUUCUGCAAUGACAAAUUUAGAUUCAGUCGUGUCAAACCAUGUGAAAGACAUAUGUUCACAAGUUUAUAGUCUAUUGAUGUUUGAUUCUGAUAUUUUGUUUGCAUGCUGCAGACCCUUAAUUGGCAUCUGCCGCACCUGCCUUUUUAGCUAAUUGAGUACAACCGCCCAUCUGAGUGUGACCGCACAGUACUGGUCCAUUUAUGAGCCACCCAGAGCGAGGACUUGGGGAAGCAGUUAAAAAUUGUCUUUACUGAGCAGAAGACGGGUAAUUUUCGUUAUGAGUCAGUAUGACAGUCUUUAAGGAGUUCUUCUUACACACCCAUGGGGCACUUCCGGGUCUGAAACAAGGAACGUUUUAGUUUUUACCGUUUUAUUUCUCUUUAGACAUCCAUGCUCGAAACAUGGGACAUGUGGAGUCCCCUCGAAACGGGAGUCCACACACCAAUGGAUGUAGUCACGGUGCAACAGCUUGUGGAGAAAAGCUGGAUCAGGACCUUGGAGAGGACUGUUUCCAGACUUGUCAGGGACUACUUUCAACUCUGGCCAACGCUUCUGUUGAGUCUUGUCGACUGGUGAGACUGAUAGCCUUGAUGGAGAACUUAUACUUACAACACACCACAACACUCCACCAAAGAAGACUGCCCUAUGUACUUCUUUUUCAAGCAGACCUUCAAACAGGUCCCCUUUGGUUAAUUGGACUGCAGCUGCAGAAUGGACUAAGCGAUGAUUUAUUCAGCAGGCAGGUGGAGCGCCGCCCUGCCCUCCCUUCCAGGUACCAAGGAUGGAUGGCUCACUCCUGCACCCAGCUACUCCCUGUGUUACUCCAUCCCUCAGGCCAAUCGACUCUGAGGGCACAUUUACAAGAUGGGCUCCAGGGUGACAAAAUGAGAGGAAGGGAAGACUAUUUCUGUCGUCCAUUGAAAGGAAAACGCUGGGCCACCCCCCCGACGCGCGCCUGUGCUGUGGAGCUCCCCCUUGCUGCGUGCAUCGUGAUCUAGUGGAUGCAGAGUCUUGCAGAGAACGCAGGGUCACCUUCUGUCACUGCAAGGGGAAAUACUGAAUAAUUCCCUGCAAAGGCUAUUGGGUAGCAGUGCACCUCAGCAGCAGCAGCAGCAGCAGCAGCAGCAUAUCUGGGCGAGAGCAGGGGAACAUACUGCACCAUGACUAAAAACACAGACUCAUUCAAAUGGAAAUGCAGAAAAGAGAAUGACAGGUAGCCAGACUUCUAUCAGGUGAUCUCCUGCAGGGGACCAACAGCUCUCUCUAAGGUUUAUGGAAACCUGACCUCCCAUUGGUGGAGAAGCUCCCUCCCCCUCUAAAGCUAUUCAAGUGGCACACUGCAGGAUUAUCCCUCAGCCUCUGAGACAUGCUGGUUUGGUCAGACUUACCGUCCUCUUUGGGUUCACUUUGGCCACAGAGGUCAAAGCUGCAAAAAUAAAAUUUGCAACACAUCCUUCACCAUUUAGACGUACCAACGAUAAAGGACAGAUUUGGACUACAAGAUCAUACAUCCACAAGGAGUCCGUCAUUCCAAGGAGUUGUGUUUGAUUUUAAAAUUUCGGGAUUGUUCUUUUUAUUUUGCAAUGAUGGAGCCAACUAUGUGCAUGAGGAACCCAUCUCUGCUGCAGAGGACAGGUUUAGUCAUUAGAGUGCUUUGCCACAUCCAGGAAAAUGUCUGUCUCCUACGAUGAAACUGCAGGUGCUGACGACACCAUGGACAGCUUCUGGGAGGUGGGGAACUACAAGCGUGCUGUCAAGAGAUUUGAUGACGGCCAUCGGCUCUGCAAUGACCUUAUGAGCUGCUUGCAGGAACGUGCCAAGAUAGAAAAAGCCUACGGUGAUCAGCUAACUGCCUGGUCCAAGAGAUGGAGACAGCUCAUUGAGAAAGGCCCGCAGUACGGCUCUGUGGAGAGAGCCUGGUUGGCUGUGAUGACUGAGGCAGAGAAGGUGAGUGAGCUGCACCAAGACGUGAAGAACAACCUGACGAACGAUGAUGUCGAAAAAGUGAAGAACUGGCAGAAGGAAGCGUAUCACAAGCAGAUGAUCGGAGGGUUCAAGGAGGCCAAGGAGGCAGAGGAAGGCUUCAAGAAGGCUCAGAAACCAUGGGCCAAAAAGCUCAAGGAGAUGGAGACCGCUAAGAAAGGAUACCACAUGGCCUGCAAGGAGGAGAAACUGGCAGCAGCCCGAGAGGCCAACGGCAAGACUGAGGCUUCUGUCACACCAGACCAGCAGAAGAAACUCCACGAGAAAGUGGACAAAUGCAAACAGGAUAUGCAGAAGGCUAAAGAGAAGUAUGAGAAGUCUCUGGACGAGCUGAACAAAUGCACCCCGCAGUACAUGGAGAGCAUGGAGCAGGUGUUUGACCAGUGCCAGCAGCAUGAAGUCAAGAGGCUGACCUUCCUCAAGGAAGCCUUGCUGGACAUCAAACGCCAUCUUAACCUCACUGAGAACCAAAGCUAUUCCACAAUAUACAGAGAACUAGAGCGCACGGUCCUGGCUGCAAAUACACAAGAGGACCUGAAGUGGUUCAGCAACAACCACGGCCCUGGGAUGCAUAUGAACUGGCCUGCGUUUGAGGAAUACAACCCAGACCAGGCCAGCGCUCCUCCAAAGAAGAAGAAACCAGACGGAGCCCCACCCACUCCGAGCACCGACCAUGUGGCUCCACCUGGUGACCGCAGCAGCGUGAGCAGCUACGAUAAGAACCAAGCUUACUCGACUGAGUGGUCUGAUGAUGAGCAGCCCGCUACGUACUCCGGCAACGAAAACGGUGGAAACGGGAACUCAUUCGAAGAUGAUUCUAGCACUGGGAAAGGGGUCCGCGUGCGAGCUCUCUAUGACUAUGAAGGCCAGGAACAGGAUGAGCUCACCUUCAAAGCAGGUGAUGAACUGACCAAGACUGAGGAUGAAGAUGAGCAAGGCUGGUGUAGAGGUCGUUUGGACAACGGCCGAGAGGGACUGUACCCGGCCAAUUACGUCGAGCCAGUCUAGUCACGUUACUGGACAAGGACACGCCAUUGGAGGCAGCUUGAACUGUCCCGUCCAAUUGCACCGCACAUAGCCAGAGACUUAAGAGCAACACAUCCCUUGCCCAACAGAUGCGCCAAGCAGUCUUGCCUAAAUAAAAACUUAGUAACCUAAAAGACAAUAUAUCAGUAUAAUAUAUUUUAUCCAGCAUUUGGGGUGGGUGGACUUACACAUUUAAAAACAGGAGCAGCAGUUAUUCCAGUAUAUACACACUCAACUAUAACAUCAAGACAGUGCAGGAACACAUUGCUUCUCUGUGUAGCUGUAUUUAGCGUAUAAUGCAGUGAAAAUGGGAAGAUAAUAUAAUCAAUUAUACCCAUUCGACAAAGACGAGCUUCUCUAACCUGCAUUGUGUAUAUACAGUGUGAUGCCAUUUUUGUGUAGCAUUUUUAAUGCUGUGUGUGGUCAGUCGUCAUUCUUACAUUGGGAAUGCUGUGUAGUGUUAAAAGUACCACAGACAGUAUCCUCUAUUUUUUUUUUUUUUUUUUUUUUUUUUGUGAUUU